AUGACUGAGACAUCAGAUAUACAAAAUUUUUCUAAUUCUACUUAUAGUAUAAUUGAUGAAAUACAAAAUAAAAUAUUUGAAGUAGAUAUAAAAAUUGAUUAUAAUACUAAAAAAACCAUAGAGAAUUUUAUAACAAAUGAUUUUAAUGUAGAAGAUAACAAUGAAGAAAUUUCUAAAAGUUCUAUUGUAGAGGAUUUUGAUACAGAAAUUGACUUAGUAGAUUCUGAUGCAGAAAUUAACUCAGUAGAUUCUGAAGACUUUCACAGAGCUAGUUUUGAAAAUGCUGUAAAUGAAAUGAUUGAAAAUCAUAUUCCAGAAUGGCCAAAAUUAGAAGAAAUAGAGUUAACAAUUAAUAGAUCACAAAUUACUUUUUCUCCAAAGGCAAAUACAAUUACAGAAACUUAUAAAUCAGCUAAUUGUAUAAAACCAUGUCCUAAUUGUAUUGUGUGUAUUGAAAACUUAAACAAUAUGAUCCUUUCAAAAAAAGAUAUUAUUAUGCGAACACCUGAAUUAAUGGCUCAUAUUAUUCAAGAAGGAAAAGUUCAUGAAUAUUCGAUACAUAAUCAACAUAAUGUUUUUUGA